AUGAAAUCAUUGUUAGACAAGAAGGCUUCUCUCUACAAUAUUGGACAAAGCAAGAGUGAGUUAUUACUACCCACACCACCACAACACGAAUCUACGAUCGUAGCAUUCAUAAAUGUCUUUUGCAAAAGAUUCUUUGUUCUUUCAACAAUGGCAUUGAUUAAUGCUGAUUAUGUGAUUCAAAAGAUUCUAUUUUUUGAAAAGGAUCCACCUCUAUUCUACUUUGUAGUCAUGUUACUUGGGUUUAUAUUUGUUUGUUUGGCAACUUUUCUUUCAAUGUUUCUCAUCUACAAACAUUUAAAAUAUUAUACUCAACCGGAACAUCAACGAUAUAUAGUCAGAAUCAUUUUCAUCAUUCCAAUAUUUGGUAUUUAUUCUCUACUUUGUAUGGCAUUUUAUAAACAUAAAGUUUAUUUUCAGUUAUUUAGAGAUUGUUAUGAAUCAUAUGCAUUAUAUAUGUUUUUUGUAUUAUGUGUUCAAUAUGGAGGAGGCGAUGAAAGUUUGACAAGACAUUUUCUAACUUUAAAAUCAAUUUCCUUACCACUUCCUUUUUCUUGUAUAAAAUUUAAACCAACAGAAUCAUUUUUACAAAUAUGUAGAGUUGGUAUUUUACAAUAUUUUCACGAUUACUCUUUGAUUAUCAAUAAUCUAUCAGUGACAACUGCAAUGACCAUCAUUGUAUUAUUUUAUCAGGCAUCAGCAGAAGAAUUGUCACCCUAUAAGCCACUACUUAAAUUUGUAUCAAUCAAAUUGGUAAUAUUUCUUAGUUUUUGGCAAUCAUUGGCAAUUGCAGUCAUCAAUCUAACUUUUCAUUGGAUCCCUUCAAUUGAUCAUUUUGAAUCAGAACAAGUUGCAAAUAUUAUAAAUAACUUGUUAAUUUGUUUUGAAAUGAUGGGUAUCUCAUUUUUACAUUUAUAUGCAUUUCCAUAUGAAUUGUACAGAGUCAAAUCAAUUUGUACAGCACCUUUGGUACACAAUAUACAACGUGGAACAUUGUUAAGAAACGUCAUCAACUCUGUUAGUCAGCGAGACAUGUUGAAUGAAACUAAAAAUGCAAUCAAAGGAUCCACUCUAUUAUCAAAAUCAUUUUUAGGACCUCAAAUAGGUAUUGACGAUUAUAUAGAUCCAGAAUUCCAAGUUGAUGCAAUUGAAAUGGGAGAUUUUAUUUCCUAUCAAACUGGAACUGAUGAAAAAGAUUAUGAUGAUGAUUCAAUAAUGAUAUUAGAUGGAGCAUCAACAACAACGAUUGUGGAUAGUGGAAUAGUUCCAACUAAAAAAUCAAUGUACAGUACUCGACCCAAUUUCACUCUAUCAAGUCCACAGUUGGAGUCGAUAAGCGUCGAUGAGUUCUUUGAUCUCAUUGAAAAGAAACAUGACGAACUUUUAUUACACGAUCCUCUAGACUAUUUAGACGAUAAUCAAAGGAUAAAGACUAAUGCUAGAAGAUAA